UAAACUCUCCACUCUCUGUGCCUCAUCUUGUCCAGCGGCUAUCCGCUUAAGAUAAAUCGAUAACCUUUUUCGGCACCCUCCGGCGGAACAACGCCGCGCUCGCUCCCCCAUCUCUCGCCGCCAUCGCGUCACCGAGCGAACCCUGUCCCGCCGAUUUCAUCAUCAAGAUCAGCAAGGCACAAAACCUCGCUGCCAUACCGCACCGAGCGAUUGCCACCUUCCUCCUCCUCAGCCCUAAUUUCCUCUCCUAUCCUACGACUACUCUCCGACGAGUCUGGUGUUCUUUGCAGCUGCAGACAGUUUCAGCUGUCCUGUUGGUCAUUGUAGCUGGGCGCAUGACGGCAUCUCCAUCUUACUUCGUGCCGAGCUUUCGAAAUCACACUUGAGUCUACCCACAGCCUCUCUGCUCGACGAGUUUACCUCGUCACCUUGCUCUACUCUCUCCGUACACACAUACCCCACCACCACCACCACCAUCAUGGCAUCGACACCCGCCCGAUCCACACAACCCGCAGGGAGACGGGAGAUGAUGUUUUGUCAUGAAUGCCACGACGAGUGGUAUCGCGACGAGAAGGGCAUAAUUUGCCCCGAAUGUCAGAGCGAGUUCACCGAAAUAAUUGAAGACGACAACGACCCCCGAGAUAAUUUCGAACGCGCUCACGACGACGAUAGCGAGGAUGAUUUUGAAGACUCCCUACCCUCCCUAGAAGAAGCCAGUGCUUCCCACCACCCAUUACACCACCACAACCCAUGGGCAGAAGUUGACGACCCCGAUGAGGCCGACAUCAGCUCCAUGCGAUUCCAGCCCACUGGACCUGGUCGAUUUCAUGUACAAGCCACUAUUCAUCGCACGAUAUCUCCAGCACAAUUUGGAGUUGGCGGUACUGGUGCCAAUUCUAUGGGAGCUUUCCAGUCCUUACUUGCCAAUCUCAUUCAAGGUGCGCAGCCUCCGCACACCCCUAGGGACGGCCUCGAAACAGAUGGCCAGUCAGAAUCAAGACCGGGAGGGGAUGAAGCUCCCCGGUUCACGCGGUUCACAUACUCUUCAAACGCUCACCUGCAUCCUCGCGACGACAAUCACCCCGAGCCUCGCAACGAGCCAGUGGACGACAUCAACGGCGUGAUGAAUGGUCUCUUCCAAUUACUGGGCGAGACUCCGGGUGUGCACCAUGCUGGACCGGGUCAAUCUCCCUUCGGCGAUAUACCUCCAAAUCCUCUCAUGGGCUUGUUUGCAGCGAUAAGCGGUGGCCAACAUGGCGAUGCCGUAUAUUCGCAAGAAGCUUUGGAUCGCAUCGUUUCACAGCUUAUGGAACAAACUGCCACCAGCAAUGCGCCAGGCCCUGCCUCUCAAGAAGACAUUGACGCUCUGCCGCGGAAACUGAUUUCGGAGGAUAUGCUGGGGGCAGAACAUCGUGCAGAAUGCAGCAUAUGCAUGGAUGAAGUCAACAUUGGCGAAGAAGUCACGGAACUUCCCUGCAAACACUGGUUCCAUCACCACUGCGUUGCUGCGUGGUUGAGCGAACACAACACGUGCCCACAUUGCCGCAAAGGAAUCAAGGGCGAAGAAACGUCGUCGAAUGCUCAACAAGAUGGGAAUAGAGGGUCUGCCGCAACUUCAGGCAGCGACCCGACUUCCUCUAUGCCAGGUGCUUUUGGUGCCACUAGUGAAGGCGUGAGCAACAACCCCAACUCGAAUCCAGCUCCUGGUCAGGAUGGCGGGAGUGGGGGCCCAGGGCUUGGGGACCGGUUACGCAGGGGUUGGUUUGGAUCUCAGCAAGAUUGA